AUGGCUGACACUGGUCUCCCCGACACUUGGGAAGUUCGUCAUUCGAACUCCAAGAACCUUCCCUACUACUUCAACCCCAACACAAAAGAAUCCCGCUGGGAACCUCCUGCCGAUACCGAUACCGAGAAGCUUAAAAUCUACAUGGCGCAGAACCACACCCCCGCUGCCCGCCCCGAGGCCUCGGGCGAGGGCGAAGGCAAAAUCCGCUGCAGCCACCUGCUCGUCAAGCACCGCGACAGCCGUCGCCCCAGCAGCUGGAGGGAGGCCGAUAUUACUCGUUCCAAGGAGGAAGCAAUUGAGAUCCUGAAGGGUCACGAGGCACGUAUCCAGUCCGGCGAGAUCAGCCUGGGUGAACUUGCCGUUGCGGAGUCCGACUGCAGCAGUGCCCGCAAGAAGGGUGACCUGGGUUUCUUUGGACGCAGCGAGAUGCAGAAGGAGUUUGAAGAUGCGGCUUUCGCCCUCCAGCCCGGCCAGGUUAGCGGGGUUGUCGAGACCGCCUCUGGUGUCCACCUCAUCGAACGGUAUGUUGAUUCUACGAGUGCUACCUAA